AUGGUGAAAUGUUAUUGCACUCCAAGAGAAUUAUCAUGGAGGUAUCCGUUCUUGUGGGAAGAACGGUCAGCCAGUUCGGUCAACAUUAGCCGAAGAAGGACCGCAAGGUAUCAUCGAGGAAUCCGCGGGUCAUGGGUGAACCGUAAAAGUAAAAGUAAGAUCGAAAGCAGCCAAAUGGCCCCAGAUUUAGGUGUGCGGCUGCGGAUCAAGACAUGUACCUCGAGGAGCACAACGAAGACAUCCCGUGACGAAGUGGAUGGCCAUUGGAACAGAUACCUGAUGAAAGCGAAAAGAGUGAGAGCGAACCAUUAG